AUGGCAUCUUUAAACCCCCCGGACUCGGGACACCAGGAGUCUCAAACAUUCAACGAGAAGGGGCUCCCACAGCUAAGCGCAGUAGGCUCCAGAGAAGAGGAAUCCAACACUCCAGCUGUCGAACACGAUGUCGCGGCCAAGCUACCAGUGCCGUCGAAACUGAGGGAGAUCAAUAACCGAAUAGAAAAUUUGGCGGGUUUUGAAGCUCGAGGUAUUGCUCGUGUACUGCCUGAGGAACGUCAACCACCUUCGCGGUCCAGCGAUCUUCAAGUAGCCAUCAUGUGGUACAGCGCAAACAUUUCUCUGAAUAACCUCGCCGCAGCCAUGCUUGGUCCCUUGGCCUUUCAAUUGGGCUUUUUGGACUGCGCCAUGUGCGCCGUGUUUGGAGCCUUUGUUGGCAGUCUGACAACAGCUUAUAUGAGCAUUUGGGGCCCCCAGAGCGGAAACCGAACCAUGGUCGUCUUACGAUUCUUCAUGGGAUACUGGCCCUCCAAGAUUUUGUGCUUCCUGAACAUCAUUCUCAUGAUUGGCUACGCGACUAUCGAUGGCAUCAUCGGCGGACAAGUCUUGUCUGCCGUCAGCGGCGGAAAGAUGACUAUUAUUGUUGGGAUUGUCGUGGUGAGCGUUGUGUGCUGGGUCGUGGCGGUUUUCGGCAUGGCCCUAUACUCGUGGCUUCCCCAAACAAUAGCUCUCUUCAUUCUUAUUGGCGUCGCGGGUCCGUAUUUCGACGCUUCAACUCCCUCCCAGAACACUGGAAGCCUUCUCGCUGCUCAACGGCUGUCAUUCUUCAACAUUUGCCUCUACGUGCCAAAUUCAUGGGCCGGCGCCGCCUCUGAUUUCUAUGUCUACUAUCCUGAGAAGACAUCGAAACGCAAAAUCUUUCUUCUCACCCUCACUGGCAUAUGGACUGCCUUUACCUUUGUGUACCUCAUUGCCAUUGGUCUCGGCACCGGGGUUGCCAACAGCCCUGCCUGGGCUGCUGCCAACGAUGUUAGUUCUGGAGCUCUGGUUGUCGCAGGAUAUGAACCUCUUAAAGGUUUCGGACGCUUCUGCUCUGUGGUUGUUUCUCUUGGCGUCAUCGCCAACAGCAUCCCGAGUACCUAUUCCGCGGCGCUGGGCGUCCAAGUUCUCGGCCGAUACUUUAAGGCUGUUCCCCGAUAUGUUUGGUCGACGGUCCUUAUUCUCAUUGAGUUCGUCCUGGCAGUCGCUGGUCGAAACAUAUUGUUCACGAUUUUUCAGAAUUUCUGCGCACUAAUGGGCUACUGGGCCAUGAUUAUGUUCUUCAUUGUGCUCAUGGAACACCUCAUGUUCCGUGGUCGCCAAGGCUAUGACUGGUCUCGGUGGGAGGACAGAGAGUACCAGCCGCUCGGGCUCGCAGCUCUCGCAAGCUUCUUGAUUGGGUGGGCUGGUGCUGUCUUGGGUAUGGCUCAGGUUUGGUACACUGGUCCUAUCGCCAAGUUGGCGGACGGUGGUGAUGUUGGACUCUGGAUUGCCUGUGGCUUCACCAUUGUCACUUUUCCACCGUUGCGAGCUUUGGAGCUUAAGUAUUUUGGACGUUAA